ACGUCAAAGUGUCAAUUAUUGUCAAAUGUCAAACUUUUCAUUUAUUUUCAUAUUUUUUCAUGCAUUUUGAAAGAAUAAUGUGUUAAUUUCUAAUGAUAAAGAUAGUAAACUGAUAUAGUUUUGCUGCAUUUAAAGACUACCGUCGUCAACAUGUUGAACUCGUUUCGUGCAGCCGUUGUGAACAUUCAAUACCAGCAAGUGAGGUUAGGUCACCGAGUCCGAGGAAAAGCCCCCACUGUAGCGAGGAGUCUCAAGGAACGGCUAGACGAACUCAAUUAUAAAGAUGAGCUGUACACCGCUAAGGUUGACAUUGGAUUCCCAAAACUGAGGAAACCCUCAAAGGAAGUCCGGACAGAGAGGCUAACACACCUGAAAAAACUUAAAGCAGACAAAACCCUUGAACAGAUGGCAAGAGAUCACAAAAUCAAAGUUGAUAAAGACCAAGUGAGGCAGGUUUGGCUGGAAACAGCUGGUCCAGUCCACAAAAAAAACAUAGCGGAGCACUAUGGUAUAUUUGAACACCUCUAUGGUGAGGGAUAUUUUCUUCCACUUUUGAAUUUGGAAGUUCUCUAUGACUUGAAGGAUGGUUCUUGCCUGCCAGUGUAUACUGGAAAUGUUAUCAAACCUUUGGAAGCCAAGGAGGUUCCAACUGUUUUGUUUGAGGCUGAUGGGAAUGAUAUGUGGACAUUGGCUCUCACCAGUCUCGAUGGGCAUCUGACUGAGAGUGACAAGGAGUAUGUACACUGGCUUGUAGCUAAUAUUCCUGGUAAUUGUGUGGAGAAGGGAGAUACAUUAGUGGAGUACUUACAGCCUUUCCCAUUAAAAGGAACUGGAUAUCACAGAUAUGCAUUUGUGCUUUACAAGCAGGAUGGCAGAGUUGAUUAUGAUAUUCCAAAAGUGACCGAGCCUGCACUAGAAGACAGAACAUUUGUCACCCGAGAAUGGUACAAGAAGUACCAGGACAAGAUAACUCCGGCAGGGCUGGCCUUCUACCAGAGUGACUGGGAUCUAUCUGUGAAGGAGUUCUUUCACAAAACACUCAAUACUAAGGAGCCUGUUUUCGAGUAUGACUUCCCUGCGCCAUACAUACGCCCUCAAGAGUGGUUUCCGCGCCGCAAACCAUUCAACCUUUACAUGGACAAAUACCGGGACCCCCAGCAAAUCAACAAGGAGUAUUUACUGCGCAAGCUGAAGGAUUUAGAUCCAUUCAAGAAGCCACCAGCUCCAUUGAGGUUCCCCAACGCACAUCCCCUGCCGAAAGAGAUGCCAUCCUGGCUGAAACUCCAUGAAAAGAAGAUCAGGCUUGGACGCGGCAGAAUCAAUGAGGUGUAAUGUAAGCUUGUAAAUAAGGUAAUAAAUGUAUGUAGUUAAAU